AUGCGCACUUUUCCUCUCCUGCCGCCUUCGCUGGUGGCCUUACUCACUACAUCUCUUCUUUCCAGCAAUGCAGAAGCGAGGAGAAUCCUCUGGAGCAAGAAGUCGUUGGUAGGCUCGGGUUCCGAUCCCAGCUCGGUGGGUAACUACGCCGCCGGCAACAAUCUGAUGUUGAAGAUGGGAAACUUCAGCUUUGACACUCCUGGCGCCCAAUGUUCUUGGGACGACGUCUCGGAGCCCAUCAUCAUCUUUCCGCAAGCAGAAGGCAAUCGGACAUACAUUGCCCUGGGCAUGCAGCUUUCCAUUAACCUCACCUCCCUCGAUCCUCUCACCAUCAUGUCAGCGUCCAAGCUCUACGUCUCAUACAUCCAGUCGGGCCUGCGCGUACGAUCGGCCGACAACCCAAUGCUGAUCUCUGACGUCAACCCGCUCGUGCCAUUUCAGAUGUCAGGCCCGAGUAAUAACCAGCCGGUAGUGCUCGUCACGCUGCUCUAUGUACAACCGCACCCGCUGGUCAUCGACGACAAAUUCAACUUGGCCUUCACAGGGAUAGCUUCGGACGCUUCCCAGCGUCAAAAUUUCCAGUUUGAUGACUUCUGCCAAAGCGCAGCAAUCACCAGUCUGCAAGCCUCCACUUGGGUGGUCAUCAACGAUACCACCAACGGAGAAGUCAGUGGUGGACGAGGUGGUGUAGGAGGGGGAGGGGGAGGGGUUUCAACACCAGGCCUACUACCAACUCCAACCCCAAAACCCACUCCGCUACCCGGCAACGGAACAGUGGGAGGAGUCGGCGGUGGGACAGGCGGCAGCGGCCAGCGCGUCACCACCAUCUUGACCACCGACGCGAACGGCGCGCCGCUUGCCAUCACGUCCACGCUAUCCGGCAGCUCAGGCGGCGGCGGAGGAAGCGGAGCCGGAGGCGGACAGGCCGAUGGGACCACCAUCAGCGCGACCAACGCCGCCGGCCAACCCACACUCAUCACCUCAACCCUUACUCCUGGCAGCGGUGCCGGGUCUGGCGGCGUAGGAGGCGCGUCGGUAACCCUCAUCAACACCAUUGAUGCCGCCGGCUUGCCCACAGUGAUCACGUCAACCCUCGCUUCCGGCGGCAGUGGCGCCGGCAGCGGUGCCGCCAACGGAGGCGGCUCUCAACCAGCCGUCACGACAAUCUCCACGACCGACGCAAACGGCAACCCCAUCUUGAUAACUUCCGCCCUCCCUCCGGGCGCUGGUUCUGGUUCUGAGACUCCAAUCACUCCCGGCGGAACCCCAACAAUAAUUACCACCACCGAUGCUUUCGGCUCCCCAAUAGCGAUUGUCACCACCCUCCCGGCCGGCGUGUCCCCACUGCCGGGCGCGGGCAGCGGCAAUGCAGGAAGGAACGUUACAACACCAAUAGCCACACCUCGUCCUGGCGGCAGCAAGCCGGUGGCGACCAUCAUCCAAGAAGUGACGGUCACCAUCUCCGAGAACCCGUCCAGCGUGUUUACUUCUACCAUCACCUUUGUGUCGACCAUCUUGGCGCCUGCGUCGAGCGAGUGCGGGGUUGGCGGUAUUGGUGCUGGUACGGGCGCGACGGUCACGGCCACGGUGACGGUGGAUCUCAACGGUGUACCGGUCGGCACGACGUUACCUUUGGGGUCAGGGUCGGGAUCCGGAGCGUCCGGGGGCAGUCAAGGCGGUGAUGGUGGUGGAGGAGGAAAGGGAGGGGGCAGUGGUGAUGCUACUCCUAGUCCCACGCCUAAUCCUUCUCUGGGUGUGGGGGGUGGUUCCGGUGGUGGAACAAGGACGGGUGCUACUGGGGGAGGUGCUGGUGCUGGCGGGGGCAGGGGAGGGGCGAGUGGGACGGCAACUGCAACUCCCGGCCCUGGAGGAUCACAGGGAGGUGGGACCGGUGGUUCAGGAGGAGGCAGUGGGAAGGCUACUCCGACUUCCGGCUCUGGGGGCUUACAAGGGAAUGGAGGUGAGGGUGGCUCUGGUACUGGUUCUGGCGGUGGAGGUUCCAAUGGUGAUGGAGGUUCCGGUGGCCAUGGUGGGGCCGGUGGUGAAGGGGAAUCAAAUGGUGGAACAGGCGGCUGCACUGGGUCUGGAGAUAACACUGGAGGGGGUUGUUCGGGCGGCGGCUCUGGCGGCAACGGUUCAAAAACCGGAAGCGGAGCCAACACGCCCUCCCCGACGCCGACUCCCACACCAGGUGAUGGCCCCUGCGGCCUCUGCGGCGGUCGCAUUGGAACGAGUCCGAUCACGCCUGGCACGCCGACUGCAACUGGUUCUAGGGAGCCAAGCGAGACUCUCACCAAGCUGACGGUCAUCUACCCCAUCCCGUCUUGCGAAGCAUGCUCAAAGAACGGCGCCAAGACUGACUCCGCGGCGCUUGGAACGGCUACACCAGGGAGUCUGGCGGCGGUCUCCCAUCCCGUUGUCGAGGCUGGAGCGGUCAAGGAUAAUCCGCCCGGAGUACUCCCAGCUCUGCUGCUUGGUGGUGUAGCAUUCAUUUUCAUUGUUUUCUUGUGA